AUGGAGGCGCUCCUGCAAAGGCGGCGCGAGGCCGAGAGUCGUUCACGUACACCAACAUCGACUCGGGCUGCUGCAAGUAGUGACGAUCAGCAGCAGCAACAGGAGAAGGGGGCGUCGUCGCCGUCGCUACUAGCGCGGAGGAGCUCGAGCGGCGUGCAGCCCACGCGACGCAAGCGCAACCCGAGCAUCGCGCUUGGCAGCGAGCGCAUCGUGAUGGCGGCCAACGGCGACGCGCUCUCCACGCCCGCCGUCACGGCCAGCCACACGCCGUCGUCGGCCGAGGAAGGCGAGGCGGACGACGGAGCUCCUCCUACGCGCCGCAGCCGCAGCACCACAGCCUCGCCGAUGCGCAUAGAACUUACGAAGAAGGUGGCAGACACGCCGGACACGCCGACAGCGCCGACGUACCGGCGGUCGCGCAGCUUCGUGCUGCCGGCGUCGGUCAAGGGCGCGGACAUCAUCCAGGCCCUGAAGGAGCUGGCCGACGCCGAGAGCCUGGCCACGACCGAGGGGAGCGGCCGGCACCGCACCUCGACCUCGUCGGGCUCCAGCGGCGACGACACCUCCUCGCCGCGCUCCUCCUCACCGCGCUCGCUGUCGCCCCGCCUCGGCUUUCUCGCCACCGUCUCCCCGCGCGGCCUGUCUUCUUCACCACCCACGAUUUCCUCCUCCUCUCCGCCGACGUCAUCGUCACCAUCAUCAUCAUCGUCAUCUUCAUCAUCUUCAUCUUCUUCUUCAUCUUCAUCGCGACGACACCACUUUCUCACGUUCACGCGCAAGAAGGGAAGGGAGAGCUCACGCGAGGAGCGGGCCGAGGAGCAGGACGUCGUCAUCGCAGCAGCCAUGGGAGAGAAGUCGGCGGGCCAGAGGGAAGACGGGCUCGGCCUCGGCGUCGACAACAAGUCGGCCUCGAGCGGCAAGCGGGUGGCGCGGACCAAGUCGCUGCGCAUGCACUUCACCCCGUGGAGCAAAGAGGAGAUGGACAAGGCCCGCGACGAGCGCAAGAAAAGCGGCGGCAAGGCCCGGAGCAGCCUCGGCGCGACUCCGACGGUCACGGAGCUCGGCGGCGAAGGCCAGCGUGUGUCAAAGGACACCGUGCGGCGGAGCGUCGACGCCGGGGUGCCCGCGCGCCGGCGCCAGUCGGUGGCCGACAGGCAGGAGGAAGCCUACGGCGAGUACCAUCAAGCCGAGGAGGCGCGAUGGGACGGAUACGCCAAGGAGGCGAGCCUCAUCGACCAGAUGGACGAGGACUCGGGCUUCUACCACUUCAAUGUAUACUUCUCGGCCUCCAACCGGGCGCAGGCGCGACAGUUCCACGCCGGCCUGGACCGAUUUCUCCAACAAUUCGACGCUGCGGCUCAGGCGACGGACUACAGUGCGGGCCUGCUGGGUCCGAUCUGGGUGACGGCGCCCAAAGUGUUGAUCCGACCCAACGGCGAGGUGGAAAAGGAUCUGGGCUAG